CGUCAACCUGUAGGCCAAUGCAGGUCCGAGGACUCGCAGCGGCGCUGAACAGCAGCGGGAGGUACAAGUACAAGUCGCCCGAGUAUGCGGUGGAUUAUCUGGUUGUAGGUGGAGGUGUCGUUGGGCUCGCCAUUGCCCACCGGCUGGCACAUCGCCUCCCUAGUAAAUCGACAUUUCUAGUCGAGCGGCACUCGCGCGCAGGAGAAGAGACGAGUUCGCGCAACUCGGAAGUCAUCCACGCCGGCCUGUACUACCCCCCAGACUCCCUCAAGACCCGCCUCUGCAUCCGCGGGCGGCAGCUCAUCUACGACCACUGCGCUACGCACAACAUCCCUCACCGCAAGACCGGCAAGCUCGUCCUCGCGCACGCGCACCAGCGCGCGUACAUAGAGAACCUGCACAACAAGGCCCUCAAGCUGCGCUGGCCACCACUCAGCCUGGACCCGGACGCCGAUAGCACGCCCGUCCCGACCAGGUUGAUCAGCGGGGACGAGGCGCGCGAGCUGGAGCCCGACUUGUCCAACGAUAUCGCGGCUGCCUUGUGGAGCCCCGAAACGGGCAUCCUCGACUCGCACUCCUUCAUGGAGAGCCUCGAGAAGGACAUCAGCGAGUCCGACAGCGCAGAGAUCGUCUACUCCACAAAGGUCGUCCGCGUCGACCCCUCAGAGUCCGACGGCGGAUGGGUAGUGCAAACCGUGACCGGCGAGGGCGACUCGGACGCGAGCGACUGCCUGCUCGCGAAGACGCUCAUCAACGCCUCCGGCCUCGCGGGCCCGUUCAUCCUCAACGCGCUGCUCCCCCGCGAGCGCCGCAUCCCGAUGUACUACGGCCGCGGCUCGUACGCGUCUUACAAGGGCCCCGGCGUGUCGAGCGUGCAGCACCUGCUCUACCCCUGUCCGGACACGGCGAAGACGAGCAGCAACGCCGCGAAUUUCCAGUCGCUGGGCACGCACCUCACGCUGGACAUGGAUGGUAAAAUACGGUUUGGCCCUGACCUUGACUGGAUAUCGCCCCCGACGGGGGAGGGCGAGUUCUGCUACGACGAGGAUCAGAUUGAUUUCUGGCAGAAGCACCUGGUGCCCAGCGAGGACCGGAUGAAGGAGAUGCACGAGGCAGUUAUGAGUUACCUGCCGGGAGUUACAUUCGAGGGACUCGCCCCGGAUUACUGUGGAGUCCGGCCCAAGUUGGUGGGUCCGGGAGGAGGCUUCCGAGACUUUGUCUUCCGGGUCGAUCAUCCAGAUUCAUUCUUGAAAUCUGGCUCUGCUCGGCCGAGCAGAAAGAACCCGAUGGUCAGCUUACUCGGUAUUGAGAGUCCCGGCGUAACGUCCAGCAUGGCCAUCGCAGAGUAUGUGGUAGAUGACAUCCUAGGCGGACACGAACAGGGUGACCGGUCAUGACGACCAUGUUCUACAGUCGACUCUGUCUUAACCCA